CCCGCCCCCCACCCGCCGGCCAAUCACAGCUCGGGGGAUAACGCAGAGCGGCGCGCGCAGCCUCCUCCUCCGUCCACCCUCCAAUCCCCUGUCGGCUCUGUGUGUGACGUGUUACGGCCCCGCCUCCCCUCGCGCUCUCUCUCUUUCCGGCGGACGGUGAUGGCGGCUCCGGGGAUGUGUUCCGGGGCUCCGGUGGUGCUGAACGGCCCGGUGGUGAAGGUGCACCCGGUGGUCCUGGCCUCCAUAGUGGACAGCUACGAGCGGAGGAACGAGGGGGCGGCCCGGGUGAUCGGGACUCUGCUGGGAACGACGGAUAAACAUUCUGUGGAGAUCACCAACUGCUUCUCCGUCCCCCACAAUGAGUCCGAGGACGAGGUGGCGGUGGAUAUGGAAUUCGCCAAAAAUAUGUACGAACUUCACAAGAAAGUCUCCAACACCGAACAGAUCGUGGGCUGGUACGCCACAGGAAAUGACAUCACAGAGCAUUCCGUACUCAUCCACGAGUAUUACAGCCGGGAGGCCACCAACCCCGUCCACCUGACUUUGGACACCAGCAUGCAGGGGAGCCGCAUGAACAUCAAGGCCUACAUCAGCACUCCGAUGGGUGUUCCCGGCAAAACGAUGGGGGUGAUGUUCACCCCACUGACUGUGCAAUACAUCUACUAUGACACGGAGAGGAUUGGAGUUGAUCUGAUUAACAAAACUUGCUUCAACUCCAACCGCUCCAUCGGCCUGACCACCGACCUGCAGCAAGUGGGAUCCGCGGCCAGCCCGCCUGCUGGAAUCUCUGGCCACCGUGCUGCAGUACGCCGAAGAUGUGCUGUCCGGAAAAGUCUCAGCGGACAACACGGUGGGAAGGUUCCUGAUGGACCUGGUGACCCAAGUUCCCAAGAUCGGCCCGGAGGACUUUGAGGCCAUGCUCAACAGCAACAUCAAUGACCUGCUCAUGGUCACUUACCUGGCCAACCUCACCCAGUCCCAGAUCGCUCUCAAUGAGAAGCUGCUUAACUUGUGA